AUGUCUACAGAAAAUGCUGGUACCCAGAAGGACCCAGUAACUGGGGAGAUGAUUUCCAAAAGUGAACUCAAGCGUCGAGAAAAACAAAGGCAAAAAGAAGCGGCCAAGGCUGCAAAACCAAUUCCAACGCAGCCUCAAAAGAAGCAAAAGGACGUCAGCGAUGAGGACCUCAAUCCCAAUCAAUACUUCGAGCUUCGAUCUCGUCAAAUUCUUCACUUGAAAAAAACCCAAAAACCUAACCCUUAUCCUCACAAGUUCCACGUCUCAACGUCGAUCACCUCCUACAUCGAUACCUAUGGGCCCGAGGGCAAGAUUAUAGCUGGAACCAAACUUACGGGUGUGGAGGAGAGCCUGUCCGGCAGAAUUCACAACAUUCGGUCUAGCGGGCAGAAGCUUGUGUUUUAUGACCUCCAUGGCGAAGGGAAGAAAGUACAGAUUAUGGCUAAUCAGCAAGAUGCAGCAGAUCCUGACUCCUUUAUUUCUACACACGAAAUAUUCAAGCGCGGUGAUGUCGUCGGAGUCGUUGGUACUCCUUCGCGAACUAAAAAGGGUGAACUAUCCAUUUCUCCCUCCACUAUGGUUCUUCUGGCUCCCAAUUUGCAUCAGCUCCCUUCAUCGCAUUUUGGUUUGAAGGACCAAGAAACACGAUAUCGCAAGCGAUACCUCGACCUCAUCAUCAGCGAGAACACCCGUCGAAUUUUCGUUACACGAAGCAAAAUCAUAAACUAUAUUAGGCGAUUCCUGGAUGACCUUGGUUUCAUGGAAGUCGAAACGCCUAUCACAUCACUGCUUGCAGGUGGAGCCACUGCCAAACCUUUCAUCACGCACCACAACGACCUCGACCUUGAUCUUUAUCUACGUAUCGCGCCUGAACUUUAUUUAAAGGAACUUGUAGUCGGAGGGCUCGAUCGCGUCUUCGAAAUUGGGCGCGUUUUCCGAAAUGAGGGCAUCGAUCUCACGCAUAACCCGGAAUUCACCAUCUGUGAAUUUUACAUGGCUUAUGCGGACAUGUACGAUGUCAUGGAUAUCACAGAAGCGAUGGUGGAAGGCCUUGUUAAGUAUCUAACUGGAGGGGAGACGAAGUUGAUUUAUCACCCGGAUGGGGACAAGGAUCAGGAAGGGGCCAAAACUCUGGAGUUGAACUUUCAGCGACCAUGGAAGCGAUACGACAUGAUUGAAACCUUAGAGGAGAAGUUGGGCGUCAAGUUCCCCCCCGGUGAUACUUUGCACACUGAUGAGGCGAAUAAAUUCCUACGAGAACUUUGUACCAAGCACAACGUGGAGUGCAGCGAGCCGCGAACAAAUGCUCGCCUCCUUGACAAGCUCGUGGGUGAAUACAUCGAACCUUUGUGUAUUUCUCCAGCCUUCAUUGUUGGUCAUCCGCAAGUCAUGUCACCUCUCGCAAAGUGGCAUCGUUCUCGACCCGGUUUGUGCGAGCGCUUCGAAGGGUUCAUGUGCAGCAAGGAGUUUUGUAACGCAUACACGGAAUUGAAUGAUCCCUUCGAGCAACGCUUAAGGUUUGAAGAGCAAGUACACCAAAAAGAGCAAGGUGAUGAAGAAGCGCAAGGGAUUGACGACACUUUCAUAGAUGCUUUGGAGCACGGUCUUCCUCCUACUGGCGGUUGGGGGUUAGGUAUUGACCGUCUUGUGAUGUUCUUAACCGACUCUACCAAUAUCAAAGAGGUCCUUCUUUUCCCAGCGAUGAAGCCUAUUGAUGUAGUACCACCUGCACCCGGUGUACCAGGACCUGCCCCUGCUCCUUCCGGUCAAAUUUGA